AUGAGCGCUCCAAUUCUCUCCAUCGAUACGCAACAUGAAGACAUGAUUCAUGACGCUCAGUUGGAUUACUAUGGCAAACGUUUAGCUACGUGUUCCUCCGAUCGAACUAUUAAAGUUUACGAUGUUACAGGCGACGUGCAGAAUAAUGAACAAAUUCUGACAGGCCAUGAAGGUCCCGUAUGGCAAGUAUCAUGGGCACAUCCUAAAUUUGGUGUGCUAUUGGCUGCCUGUUCAUACGAUGGCAAAGUGAUUAUCUACCGUGAACAGAGUUUAAACCAAUGGACGCAGGCUUAUGUGCAUGCAAUCCACGAAUCUUCAGUCAAUAGCAUUGCCUGGGCACCACAUGAAUACGGACUUGCUCUUGCUUGUGCAUCAGCAGAUGGCACCGUCUCUGUGCUCAGCUACUCUCCUGAGGGAUGGAGUGUGAGCCACUUUAAGGACAGCGCGCUAGGCUGCAAUGCCGUGAGCUGGGCGCCAUUCAAUUCGGUAGGCUCACAGAGUCCUGCGGGUCCUAUCCGUCGUGUGGUGACGGCGUCUUGUGACAAGACGAUCAAGAUUUGGAGCCUGACAGAAGGUGAGAAGGAAUGGACGAAACAGGAGCUGAGCUCUGCUCCCGCACACAGCGAUUGGGUGCGUGAUGUGGCGUGGGCCCCUAGCACGGGACUGCCGGUUAACCUUAUAGCCAGUUGCUCGGAGGACAAGCACGUGUACAUCUGGUCGCAAUCUGCAGAAGACAGCGCGUGGAAGCGUGAGCUACUGCAUACCUUCGACGCACCUGUGUGGCGUGUGAGCUGGUCUGUUACCGGCAACGUGCUAGCUGUGUCUUCGGGUGAUCACAAGGUGACGCUCUGGAAGGAGACGCUUGACAAGAAGUGGAUUCAAAUUUCGUCCGUAGACGAGGCUGGUGCCAUUCACAACAGUAACGAGUAG